AUGGGGCUUUGCAGAUGCCCACAACGCAAAGUAUCAACAUUAUUUUGUUUUAAACAUCAUGUUAAUGUUUGUGAAUCAUGUCUUGUUAAUGAACAUCCACAAUGUAUUGUACGUUCAUAUAUAUCAUGGUUACAAGAUAAUGAUUAUAAUCCAAAUUGUUCUUUAUGUCAACGAUCGUUAAGUGAAACAGGUGAAGAAACAAUACGACUUAUAUGUUAUGAUUUAUUUCAUUGGUCAUGUCUUGAUCAAUAUUUUCGUUCAUUACCAUCACAUACAGCACCUGAUGGCUAUACAUGUCCAAUAUGUCAUACAUGCAUUUUUCCACCAUCAAAUCUUGUUUCGCCUGUUGCUGAUCAUGUUAGAGAAAAAUUAGCAACUGUUAAUUGGGCAACACGUUUGCCAAUAUUGUCAUCUAAUGAAUCAAUUAUACAACAAGAAAAACAACAAUCAUUAACUGAAACAGAAAAAAAUGGAUAUGUUAUUGUUAAUUCAGCUAUAAGUGGUGAUAGUAUACAAGGAGGAACAAGUGGAUUAUCACAUCAUCCAAAUCGUGCAAAUGAAACAACACAACAAUCAACAACGUUAACAAUGAAACCACUAGAAAAUGAUCCAGAUGAAGAAAAAUAUAAGCGUCGUAGUGUUUUUACAUGGUUUGCUCGAUGGUUACGUUCUCGUCAAACAACAAAUCGAAAAGAUACUAUGUAUAAUCGACCACAGAUAUCUCGUACUCGUUAUUUAAUUUAUAUGAUAUUUGUGAUUUUAUUUAUUUUUCUUACAAUUCUAACAAUUUUAUAUAAUUUAACACGAGGUGAUAAUAAUGAAUAUAUAAAUCGAAGCGAAGAUCCACAAUUUAAUCCAUUUAAUAAUCCAUUUAUACAUGUUGGUGGUCGAUUUUUGAAAAAAACUGUAAAAGAUUCAAAUUUACCUAAUGAUCAACCGAAAUAA